UACUCAAAUUUAAGUGACAUUGCUUCAGCUUACCAAAUCCUACUAAGGGUGGACUGGAUCACCAUGGGCAUUGGACUUCCUUUGACUCUAACAGUGAUAGUUGCAGUUUUUAUACAGGUGAAAAAGGAUCAGGGUGUCCCAGUCUACGUCAUCAACCUUCUCUUUUCUGAUCUCAUUCAGUUCUGCGGCAGAAUUAUAGUUUAUUUAGUUCGGCCUAAUAUCGGCUAUGGCAUCACGUUUGCUGGUUUAAUGGCCAGUGUUGGAUUCAUGGUCUGUAUCUCCUUGGAAAGGUAUUUGAUCAUCGCCAAGCCACUGUGGUACAGAUUCAGGAGAAACAUCAAGACCUACGUGGUGGUCUGUGUUGUGGUCUGGACUCUUUCUCUUCCUUUUCCUCUAACUAUUUUUCUGACUACUGAUCCUACUACUGCUUAUACAAUUUAUUACCUCUUCUUACCAUGUUUUCUCCUCCUGUCCUUUCCCUUCUUAAUCUUCUUCUUGGUUGGGACUAUUAAAGCUCUGUCUGGAGCCCUCAGUGUCCCAGCAGAAGAAAAACGACGAAUCACAGCCGUUCAGGUUGUGGUGCUGCUAAUUUACACUCUGCUUUUCCUGCCAGGCUUUGUUUAUCUUCUGUUCAACAGAGCAAAUUUAAUCCACCGUCUUGUUGCUUUAGUUUGUCUUUAUCUUAGUCCCCUUGCAGACACAACUCUGUAUUUGUUGAGUAGGAAAAGCUUCCUGGAUAAGUUUCUGGCUUCACUCUGUUCUUGUAAAGCAUCAGACAAUCAGGAGAUGAGCAGCAAGGAUACUGAAAGACCGACUGCUCCACAUACUGAGACUGUUUAGGGUUUAAUAUCUGGAGCCUCCACAACAAUCUACUGUAGAUGCUUUUUGGGUUGAUUACCAACA